ACCGAUUGUUGCGCUAACGGUUAUAUGUCAAAUGUCUAACAAUCAAAUUAAAAACUUUAUGUAAACUAAAAACUUUUGCCAACUCAUAGUGCUCUAGGUUAUAAACCCAUUAUUUUUGGUGGUGAGAUUCUAACAAAAAAAACAAAUUCAAUAAAUCCUAAUUUCCUAGUUCUAGUAAUACUCUUGUAAUAAAAUCAUUCCUUCACAUCAAACAACACUUACUUGCCAUUCAAUUCAAACUCCCUUUAAAAUUUCCACCUAAAAAGGGGUUAGUUGAAAGGAACAAUAGUUGCUUCCAAAUCCACACACAACACUAAGAAACCAGGAUGCUGUUCUUGUUCUAGAUUCAUUUCUGAAGAAAAACACAACAUCAAUACAACACAAACAUGGCUUCUUCACACCCCAACAAUGUUGGAAUUCUCGCUAUGGAUAUUUAUUUCCCUCCCACUUGUGUUCAACAGGAAGCUUUGGAGGCUCAUGAUGGUGUGAGCAAAGGGAAAUACACUAUUGGGCUUGGACAAGAUUGCAUGGCAUUUUGUACUGAGGUUGAAGAUGUUAUCUCAAUGAGCAUGACUGUUGUUAGUUCACUUCUUGAAAAGUAUAAUAUUGAUCCAAAGAAAAUCGGUCGCUUGGAGGUAGGAAGUGAAACUGUCAUUGACAAAAGCAAAUCCAUCAAGACCUUCCUGAUGCAAGUUUUUGAGGACAGUGGUAAUACCGAUAUUGAAGGUGUUGAUUCAACAAAUGCUUGCUAUGGUGGAACUGCAGCUUUGUUCAAUUGUGCGAAUUGGGUUGAGAGUAGUUCAUGGGAUGGACGCUAUGGACUUGUCGUGUGUACAGACAGUGCGGUAUAUGCUGAAGGACCUGCUCGUCCUACUGGAGGAGCAGCCGCAAUUGCCAUGCUUGUUGGGCCCGAUGCUCCUAUUGCUUUUGAAAGCAAACUCCGGGGAAGUCACAUGUCUCAUGCUUAUGAUUUUUACAAGCCAAAUCUUGCAAGUGAAUACCCGGUUGUUGACGGAAAACUCUCGCAAACUUGUUAUCUCAUGGCACUUGAUUCUUGUUAUCGAGUAUUUUGUGAGAAAUACGAAAAACUGGAGGGGAGGCAUUUUUCAAUGUCAGAUUCUGAUUAUUUUGUUUUUCAUUCUCCAUAUAACAAGCUUGUGCAGAAAAGUUUUGGUCGGCUAUACUUCAAUGAUUUCCUGAGAAAUCCAAGUUUUGUUGACGAAGUUUCAAGGCAAACUUUAGCACCUUAUGCAUCCUUAUCUGGUGAUGAAAGCUAUCAAAGUCGUGAUCUUGAAAAGGCAAACCAACAAGCAGCAAAAGAUACAUAUGAGGCAAAGGUACAGCCAAGCACAUUAAUCCCAAAGCAAGUUGGAAACAUGUACACUGCAUCUCUAUAUGCAGCAUUUAUAUCUCUCCUUCACAAUAAGCACGACUCGCUGGUAGGUAAAAGGGUAGUCAUGUUCUCAUAUGGAAGUGGAUUAACUUCUACGAUGUUCUCUUUCCACCUUCAAGAUGGUCAACAUCCGUUUAAUUUGUCGAACAUUGUAACAGUAUUGAAUGUUUCUGGCAAGUUGAAGCAAAGAGUUGAGUUACCUCCCGAAAAAUUUGUCGAAAACACAAAAAUCAUGGAGCACCAUUACGGAGGAAAGGACUUCAUAACUGGCCAAGACUGUAACUACUUACUUCCGGGCACAUUCUAUCUCACCAAAGUUGAUUCCCUGUAUAGGCGAUUUUACGCCAAGAAGGACGCCGCCACUAGUACGUGACAUUUCGACAUAAGAUGAUACCUGAUAUCUUUCAAAUUUAAAUUCAAAUUAAAAAAUAUAUAUUUUGUUUUGGUUCACCUUUCUGUAUUUGAUGCCUCAUAGUCAUUUAAUUCA